AUGUCACAAGUCAAAGAGCUUCCCCCAACUAGCGGAUCAGUUCAUGUCGUAUUGCUUGACGGAGGCGGUUUUACUACGACUGACGACUGGCGGAUUCAUGCUGAUGGACAUGACAGACCCUAUUAUCUAUACGACUGGUGCUUUUACAUCCAUCAUAAACCUACAGGAAAGAGAAUCUUAUGGGAUCUCGGAAUUAGCAACGACCGUAGCUUGUAUACUCCAUUUAUCUUGAACUACCAUUGGCCAAGUUGCAACCCUGUUGGACCACGUCUUUCUCUCGUAGCCCAAUUGCAAAAGAUUGGCGUUCAACCAGAGACGAUCGACCUUGUAAUCUUCAGCCACGCGCACUGGGAUCAUUGCCGCCCAUUAAAAGGCGAGUUUCCAAACGCAAAGGCCCUUUUUGGGCCUGGGACUACAUCGCAUUGUUCACCGGGACACAUUACAAAAGGCGAGAUUCAGCCAAUGGUCCAAUGGGACUCCCGGUUCUUCGGCGAUGAGAAUGUCAUUACAGACGCCUUCGCUGAGCUUGAUGGGCCUUGGAAGUCGUGGGGACCGUUUGGAAAUGCAAUGGACUUUCUGGGUGAUGGAAGCUUCUGGAUCAUACAGGCGCCUGGACAUAUGGCGGGAAAUCUAGCAGCGUGCGUGAGAUUGGAGUCUGGAGACCAUGUACUCUUGGCCAGCGACUGCUGUCACUCCAAAAGUAUUUUUGAUGGUACUCGAGAGAUAGCUGUAGUUAAAGCACCUGAGGGAUUGCGGGUCUGUCUCCACGAGGAUCUCGCCGCCGCGCAUACUACUAUUGCCAAGUUAAGGGAAGCGGUCAGUCAUUACGGUAUGUAUAUCGCUAUGGCUCAUGACGCCGAGUUCAUCAAGGACGGAUCAGAUGUGGUAUUAAUGUCACUUCUGCAUCCGUUGUUCGAUAGUGGUGCUCAGGAGAGAAUUCGAGUUGGUGAGCAACCUUGA